AUGGAUGGAACCCACCCUGCUGCUGUACCAGCGCAUCUUCGUAGACGCCUGGGAGUCGUUUUCGCGGCCUCUGCGGUUUUCGGUUCUUGCCUCGCCUUGCUCCCGCUGGCGAAAGUCCAGGCCGACGGCGAAUCCGUAGCUGCGUCUGGCUCUUCGCAGCUGCAUUUUCCGCGGUCCUCUCUGUCGACUCCGCUGGAAGCAUCUCCCCAAACCCUCACGCCUCCGCCUCUCCCUUCCGAUCUCGAGGCUUCUGCGCAGCGCGAGCCGCCCGCCCCAGCAGCCGAGCGCCGCGGAGGGACCUCGGCGGGGGACUCGAGGGCACAACUUGCAACCAGCGAGUCGAUGAGCGAGGGUCGCGCUCAGCCGGCUGCGAGGGAGGGUACGGGCGAGCGGGACGACGACGCACGUCUGGGCUCAGCGCCUCCGCCUCCGCCGCGCGCCGCCGCAGACAUGCUGUUGGGCGGGCGGCGCCAGCGCUGCUCGACUUGCACGCUGCAGCGCGCAGGCGGGGUCAGCCUUCUGCUGCUGGCGACGCUCGGAGUCCUCAAGCGCCGCUACACCCUGUCGCGCAUUCGCGGCGAGGCAGAGCGCCGAGACACGCAGCUGCAGUCGGCCGUGGAGAGCUCCGCGAAAGGCGACGGCUACGGUUCAGCCGCCGCGCCUGCGCUGCAGCAAGAGCUCUCCGCCCGUAGCGACGGGCUUCCGUCGCACAGCCAUCCUGUCCUCGAGUCGGUGCUGCGCUUCAAAGACCGACUGCUGUAUUUCUCGCUUCUGUGGUGGGUAACGACUGUCAUGGACGUCUUCGGACGCGGAGCCGAAUUCGGCCUUUUUCACCUACCCGCGGUCUAG